AUGUUUAGCAAAAAGAGUCAAACAUUCAAGCCCAAAAAGAAUAUUCAAGAGGGUUCGAAGCAAUAUCAACUCAAACAAUAUGCAGAGGCCACCCUUGGUAGUGGUAAUCUAAGACUUGCAGUCUCACUACCUGCAGGUGAAGAUUUAAAUGAAUGGUUAGCUGUCAAUACUGUCGACUUUUUCAAUCAAAUCAAUAUGUUGUAUGGAACCAUUACAGAGUUUUGUACGACAAGCGAAUGUCCUGUCAUGUCAGCAGGACCGAAAUAUGAAUAUCAUUGGGCUGACGGCACCACUGUCAAGAAGGCUAUCAAAGUGUCGGCACCAGAGUAUGUUGACUAUUUGAUGACAUGGGUGCAGUCGCAAUUGGACGAUGAAAGCAUCUUCCCAUCAAAGAUUGGCGUCCUCUUCCCAAAAAAUUUCCAAAGCAUCGUAAAGACUAUCUUUAAGAGAUUGUUCCGUGUCUAUGCUCACAUCUAUCACUCACAUUUCCAAAAAAUAGUUAAUCUUGGUGAAGAGGCUCAUCUCAACACCUCUCUCAAACACUUUAUCUUUUUCAUUCAAGAGUUUAAUUUGGUAGAUAAAAAGGAACUUGGUCCAUUAUCUGAAUUGAUAGAAACUUUAAUCAAAAAUUAA